GGUAUCCACCCUGACAACCACAGGGAUAACACCAUAAAAACACCGGAAAACAUAUAGUACAUCCGCUUGCAAAACAAAAAACCAAAACCGUCAGGCACUUAUUGUGACGCACAUGUGACAACCAGCAACACCCAGAACCCACAACACCCGCAAGGCAAACCGAUUCAAAUAAGAGCAUGAUCCCUCCAGCCCACCAGGCAGACCGUGGUUCACCAAGAUCGGACGCUCGCCCACCCAGGUGAACUGAAGAGACCCACAUGCCGAAACGCAAUACAAAUAUUAAUAAGAUGCUCACGAAAAAAUUUCAACCUGCAUCUAUAACGAGAAUCCUAGAUGCAUUUUCGCACCUCCCACCAAACGAGAAUCUAGCAGCUUUGCUACAUUUUCGGCAGUGCAUGCCUGAGCACAACAACGCUCCACACAGAACAUGGAGAACAGUUUUUCAAGAAAACCCUGCCCUGUUUAUUGUGUUGGACAUUGUGAAAUGCAGCUGUGGAAUAUCGACGAGUGAUACUGGCAAACUUUGAAAUUAUUUUACAACAAAGCUGUACACAGCGUCAAUCGAGAUUACUCACUUAUUUGUUUCUUUUGUUGACGCCAUUCAGUCCAGUUCUUCUGUAAAGAGUACAAUCAGUGGUUCACACACACACGCACACACACACACACACACACACACACACACGCACACACACACACACACACACACACACACACACACACACACACACACACACACACACACAUACACACACACACACACACACACACACCUGUCCUGUCCUGUCCUGUCCUGUAGAGCCACUACCACUAGGGUCACGUGGGCCCCGGAGGGGCAGCAGAGAGAGCGAAAGAGCACGCCACCCGAUGGCGCUCCAGAUGCGAGACUAGUCGGAACCGGCGAGAGCAGAUACACAUAUGCGGGAACUUGUCCCGUUCUCUGGCCAUUGGACGGUGGCAUUGCGUUGAACAGCGAUGGCGGUUGCGUCCCUGGGUUGAGCGAAAACAACGAUUGCAGGUGUCACAGUGAGCAUUGCAGCACCUCCGAGCGGUAGUGUCACCGGUAACAACAGCAGCUGGUUCUGUCGGUACUGGGCACGCGGUAGAAGCGGAGCAACGAUGCACACCCACAAGCCUCCGCGGCUCCGGAACCAACGAUGACACCGAGGGCACUGACGUGCACCUCUCUGCUCCGAAACCGGCUUCUGCCGUUCAGCCGUGCACUUGUGCCUAGCGAGGUCACCCUGACGUGCGAAGUGCCGGGCGCAUGUGAAACAAGUCACCGGUGAGGGUACGAGGGGAUCCGGGGCAUCCCAGGUGUAAGCCAACCUCCAGUCUGGGCGAGAGUCACAGGCAACUCUGUACCAGUCCGCUUCAAGGUCUCGUGAGCGGAGGUCCUUUACAGCGCAGUCUUUCCACCGCCGACGUGGGCCAUGUGCCGGGCGACGAGAUGGCAGGGUGCCGAACAGCAACUGUUUGGGCAAUUGCACGUCGUCCAUGCGGGCGACAUGGCCUAGCCACUCGAGGCGCCGAUGCUGAACCUUGGUGACGAUGGUUUCAGAGUCACCCCACUACUCAAGCAGCUGGUUGUGUGAUAAUUAUGUGGUCGUCCCAGCAACGAUGGCGUGUGAUACCCAAUAUGGACCGCGCGCAUCGCAUUUGGAAAACAGACAUGCGACGGAGGUCCUGCUUCAGCGGCGUCCAGCACUCGGACCCAUGCAGGAGCAGAGACAGGACACACGCAUUAAACACACAGCGUUUAAUAUGAAGAUCUAAAUUCUUGUUCCUGAAAACUGAUUGCUGCAGAGCACCACAAGCCCGGGACGCACUUGCCACCCGAGCGCUGAUAUCCUGCGAAGAUUGGCCGCCACAGUGGAUUAUACACCCCAGGUACUUGAACUCCGGCACACACUCAAUGUCCACACCGGCAAGCUGUAUGGGCGCCUGGUCCGCAGCCGUGACGCCAGCUCCCGCAACCAAGAACUUGGUUUUGGUCGCGCUCACGGUGAGGCCAAACUCCGAAGCGGUCAAGUUGAACAGAUCCAAGGCAAUCUCAGCACCAGCACGCGAUGUUGCAAACAGAGAGGAAUCGUCCACGAACUGUGCCUCUAGGGCGGUGGCAGCAGUGUCAGCCCGGCGUGCCUUGCGAUAUAGUUGACCCUCACCAUAGUGGUAGCUGAACUGGAAACCAACGCCAGGAAUACCUCUGACCCUCUGUUGCCACUUGGUGACUACUGCCCACAUGAAGAUGUUGAAGAGGACAGGAGCCAUAGUGCAGCCUUGCCGCAAGCCGUUGGUGACGCUAAACAGACCCACACCUGUGCCACUCACGCGCAAUACUGCAUACAUCUCAUGGUGGAAAGGUCGGAUGACUGCAAGCAGGGGGGAGGGACACCAGCACGGGAGAGCACCUGCCAGAGGCACUCACGGGGCACGGAGUCGUAGGCCUUCUUCAGGUCAAUGAAGACGAAGAAACCCUUGGCUGUAUGCUCGAUGGUCUUCUCGAGCAGCUGACGUACGCUGAACACCAUGUCCGUGCAGGAUCUGCCUCGCCGAAAGCCGCAUUGUGAUUCCGGGAGGAAGCUGCUGGCCAGGCCCUGGAGUCUCGUCUGAAUGAGACACGCCAGGACCUUGCCGACAACAUCGAGCAGCGCGAUGCCACGCCAGUUGUCGAAUCGGGUCAGGUCCCCUUUUUUUCGGAAUUGGUACCAGGGUAGCGUCUACUCACUCCUGCGGCACUUGGCUGGCACGCCACACAUCUCCAAAUAGCUCCACAAGCUUGUUGUUCAGCGGCUCACCCCCUGCCUUCACCAUCUUCGGCAAGACGCCCGAGGCUCCAGCAGCCGUGCCAUUCUUCAAGCGAGCAACGGCGCGGCACACUUCGCGCAGCGUGGGAGGUUCAGCAAGGUCUUCGGCAAGCGGUAGUUGAGGGACACCAUUCAGCGCGUUCGGUGUCCAAGUGCUCAUGACGUUGAGCACUCCAGAGAAGUGCCUUCCCCAGCGCUGUCCCUGCAACGCGGUGACGUGCAUAUAUUUCCGUUCUCGUCAACGAUCGCUGCUGUUCGUACUGGUUGAAGGCCGCGCCCAGCAGACUGGAGGUCAUGGAUGCAUUUCCACACGACAGCGCCAUUGAAACGGGCGUCGGUGGCCGCCUGAGCUUUAGAUUUGAUCCAGUCCACUCUGGCCAUAUCGAUUGCUGCGCGUGCGUUCGAGCGGGCUGCCUUAAGCUCCUGAUGAAACGGAGUGUCUCGCUGCUGGCCCCGGCAAAGCCAAUCCUCGUAGGCCGAAUUCCGCGUGUCCAGUAGUAGUUGGAUGUUUGGCAGGGCUUCCUGGAACCAGUCCGGCUGACGCCGUUUGGUGAUUCCAAGGGCUGUGGAUGCAGCAGUGUCAAGGGUGGACUUGAUAGAGGACCAUUUCUCACUAAUGUUGGCAUUCUCAAGCCAGUUGCGGUCGAUCUCCUCCUUGAUCACUGCCUGGUAUAUAUCGGUAGGCGUAGGAUCUUCAGGGGAAGACGUACGACAGUCCUUUAGCUGUGCAGUGUCAAACCGGCGCCGAACACUAUCCUUGCUCUGCGCCCCGCGCCGCACCGGCGAUGGAAGCUGCAAAGCCAUAUAUAGCAGUUGGUGGUCGCUGCCGCAUUCAGCACUCCGGAUGACGGCCACGUCGGUGCAUAGAUGGCAGUCGUCUUGCCGCACAAGUAUGAAAUAUAUGCAUUGCCACUGCAGCGUGCCACGGUGCUGCCAGGUCUGUUUGAAAAUGUUCCGUUUAGGGAACCAGGUGUUGCAUAUACACAGUUGAUUGGAAGCAGCAAAUGACAGUAGCUCAGCUCCUGAUGCAUUCAUGGUGUUAUACCCGUGAGUGCCUCGCACAUCGGACCACUCAUCGCCCCUUUGGCCUGAACCAACCCGUGCGUUGAAAUCGCCAACUACGACACAACAAUCAGAUGGUGGAACAUCGUACAAGACACUUUGGACAUCGUCAAAGAAUUUUUCUUUCACGGUGCGACUAGCUGCGUAAGUCGGGUCGUAGGCACAAACCAGAGUGAAACUCUUAGCUGACCCAUCAACGAGGGCGAACUGCAGGCGGGCAGAUACAACGCGAGAACUCACCGCCUUCCAGACGCAGCCACCAGCUCUCCACGCGCUCGCAGCGCAACGAUCCAAAACAAUUGCGACUCCUUCUCCUCGGCGGCGAGAGUCGACUGUGCCAGGAGAUGGACGGCCAGAGCUGAGGAUAGUGAAACCAUCCACGACGUAGCUCUCCUGUCCAAACCAGUGAGUCUCCUGCAGCCCUGCUGCGGCGAUAUCAAACCUCCGUAGUUCCGCCACACCCCGAUUUAUUUUUUUGUUUUCAACUACUCGGCCAGAAACGCUUGCCGUCUCAAUGGCUCCGUCUCGCUCCACCAGGGACCUGACAUUCCAGCAUCCAAAGCGCAACAGAUGGCAUCUCCUUCUCUCUCUCCUCUCUUCAACAAAUUUCAUGGCGCGUGAUGGAAUCCACUCGGGGGCUUGUCAAACCUCCGCGAGUGGCGAUGAAGGGUGCAGUCAAAGGUGACGGCAUCAAACGCCGUCCCGUCAUUUAGCUGUUUCGGUCCCCUCGUCGAAAGCGCUUUGCUGGCCUCCGGCUUGGAGAGAGUAUACUGAAAGGUUUUGACCAGAGAUAACUGGAGCUCGAAAAAGGCAAACCGUCCCCCACGAGUACAAGGACACACACACACACACACACACACAGACACACACACAGACACACACACACACACACACACACACACACUAUCUACAUUUAGGAAUAUACUUGUCAACAUAUUGUUAUAGUUAGACAUUUCAAUAAUUCUCGAGCAUACUUCAAAUAUUCACGAUAGUAAUAUGUUGUGCAAAUACAUAAAUCACGUACCUGACUUCUCCAGGUCUAGGUCACUCCGAGACACCUUUCUUGCAAGGUAUGAUAAUACUUCAUGUUUACAAACAUUAGUUAUCUUCCUGCUGCAAGCGAAGGCUGUUGUUUACAAAGUCUUCGCCCAUAAUUUAUUUGCAUGUUGCUCACACGCAACCUUUCCCAAACUGAAUUUGACGCAUGCGCUCUGUGUACAUCUCUAGAAUAAAAUUGUGCUCGCUGCUCUAAAACUGCACGCCACUCUGUAGCGUACAUCUAGAGAUCUAAAGUCCGCAUGCGCUGUACGCUAACUUUGCAUCCGGUUGCACCAAACGCUUGGAGCGCAUAUAACCUGAGCUUGCUAUCAUUUUCAUUCAUUCCGCUCGAGUCUAAGGACUCUCCAGUCUUCUACUAUACUAUGGUAAAGUAAUGGAUAAACCUAUUACCCGUUGUGUUUUGUGAGUGCCUUAGUUCCUAUCGUGUGCAGAACGUUGAAUUACAACAUUGGCGACGAAAUUUCCGAACCAUGUCCAAGGACUCCAUCGACCAGUUCCUUAUCAGUGGGCACGCAAGUGAGGUCCAACAGCGUUGGAAGAAAUGGCGGCGGGCUUUCCAGUACUUCAUCGAAGCCAAGGACAUCACCGACCCAGAUCGCCAGCGCAGCAUGCUGUUGCACAAGGCUGGCCUACAGAUUCAGGAGAUCUUUGAAGAUCUCGAAGACCCGGUUGCGCAGGCAGAUAGACCAGGGGAUGACAACGCUUUCAAACAAGCGGUAAGAAUGCUUGAUGAGCAUUUCGCAUACACAGUCAAUCCAACUUUUGAGCGGCACGUUUUCAGACAGAUGUCACCCAAUGUAGGAGAGAAUGCCACGCAAUUCUGCACCAGACUCCGUACGCAGGCCAAACUUUGUGCAUUUGCUGCAGAUGACGAGCACAUUCGUGAUCAGAUGAUUGCCACUUGUAUUGACGUCGAUCUGCAACGCUCUCUUCUGUCCAAGAGUAACCUUACCCUACAGGUGCUGCUGGAAAAGUUUCGCGUGCGAGAAUCGUCAGGCAUUCAAGUAAGAUCUAUGGCUACGGCAGCGUCAAGCGUCAGUGCCAGCCCGAGCAGCGUCGACGCCGUACGCUCUACGACAUCGUCAACGCGCUCCCCAUGUACGCGAUGCAACAGGGUGGGUCACGCGUCGUCAGCUGACGAUUGCCCAGCACGCCGCCGCCGAUGCAACACGUGUAGUAAGGUUGGACACUAUGCUGUUUGUUGUAGAUCUCAAGGUGGUACUAGUAGUAGUAAUGCAAGUAGAUCAUCGCAUGCCCAACCUAGGGAUGCUGGUACUCACCAUGUCUCACUGCCUGACCAAUGUGAUGAAGCUCUAAGCUCAGAUUUCAUGAUUGCCAAUAUUGGGUCCCAGCACAGUCACACUGGCAAAUUCCGAGUUGAUGUACAUGUAAACGGGAAACCCCUCAACAUGGAACUUGACACAGGGGCACAGUUAUCGAUCAUUCCUGAAGCUCUUUGGAAACAGUUGUGGGGAGAUGUCAAACUGAAUGCCACCAAGACUGCACUCUGUACUUUCUCGGGGGCACCUUUAACUGUUGUGGGGGAGGCCUGUGUCGAUGUACAGUACCAGUCGCAACAUGUCCAGGAGAAGAUUCUUGUGGUCAAAGAGGGCACCACCCCGUUGUUCGGCCGCAAUUGGUUGUCUAACAUACGUUUGGAUUGGCAUACCAUCUGUUCUGUCUCUUCUGCUCCACGUACGUCUGAUUCUGAGUCUGUAUUAGACGAGUUCCCAAGCGUUUUUGAAGGUGGUCUGGGCAAGAUCCAUGACUCGGAGGCGGUGAUCCACAUUGCCAGCGGGGCAAUUCCCAAGUGUUACUCAGCUCGACCGUUGCCAUACGCCAUGAAACCGCAAGUUGAUGUUGAAUUAGAUCGUUUGAUUAAGGAGGGUGUUCUAGUUCCGGUAGAAUCUUCAGAGUGGGCUUCUCCUAUUGUUGUUGUGAAGAAAGCCGAUGGUUCUAUACGACUCUGUGCAGACUUUAAAGUCACCAUCAACCAGCAUAUUGAAAGCAACAUACACCCUAUUCCAAAUCCCAGUGAUUUAUUGUCCAGCAUUGCAGGGGCCUCUGUUUUCUCAAAAGUUGAUCUCAGCCAAGCAUACACUCAGUUGCCAUUGUCCGAAGACAGUCAGAAACUGUGCGUCAUUGCAACCCAUCGAGGGUUAUUUGCUUUCACGAGAUUGCCCUUUGGCGUUUCCUCAGCACCAUCAAUCUGGCAAAAGACUAUAGAGCAGAUCUUAGCUGGCAUCGAUGGGGUCAUCGUGUACUUUGAUGACAUCUUAAUCACGGGAACCAACCAAGCAGAGCAUGAUACCCGGUUGCGUCAAGUUCUAGACAGAUUUGAGAAGGCAGGAUUACAGCUGAAGAAAGCGAAGUGUGAGCUGAACCAGGAGAGUGUCAAGUAUCUAGGCUUCAUUGUAUCAAGCAAGGGGCUGCAUGCUGAUCCUAGCAAAGUAUCUGCUAUAGCCAAAGCACCACAGCCCACUAACUCGUCAGAACUACACUCCUUCUUGGGGCUGGUCAACUUUUAUGGUCGAUUUAUCCCUAAUGCUUCGCAGUUGUUGUAUCCCUUGAACCGUCUUCUUCAGAAGGGUACAGAAUGGAACUGGACUCCCGAGUGUCAACAUGUGUUCAUCCAGUGCAAGGAGAUCUUAGCAUCGUCAAACGUACUGGCUCACUAUGAUCCCAAGAAACCACUCAUCUUGGAGUGCGACGCGUCUCCCACGGGAAUCGGUGCCUGCCUACUACAACCAGACAAACUUUCUGUGCUUCAGGAACAACAGCUCACGGAUUACAUUAAGUCUGUCAAUGUUGAUCCUUGUCAUGAUCUGCCAUUAUCCGCUACCGAUGUUAGCAAGGCAACUUCAGCUGACCCCACUCUACGUAAGGUCAUGCACCACAUCACACAUGGCUGGCCUAGCAGUGUCCCAGACAGUCUUUCCUCGUACUAUCGUAUUCGAGACCAGCUAUCUGUUGAGCAGGGAUGUAUCACCUGGGGUUUGCGGGUUGUGAUUCCCUUGGUAUUUCGUUCCAGUCUGUUGCAUGAGUUGCAUGUUGAUCAUCUUGGCGUAUCUCGCAUGAAAGCUGUGGCUAGAUCCUUCUUCUGGUGGCCUCACUUAGACCAAGACAUAGUUGAACUUGCUGCGAAUUGUCGUCUAUGCCAACAGCAGGCUCGAGCACCAACGAAGGCACCCAUUCACCACUGGGUCUACCCGAACCGGCCAUUUGAGAGGGUUCAUCUUGAUUUCGCUGAAUACAAAGUUUUGCAACGCACAUGCAGGCCAAGCAAGACUCUGCGCCAGCUAUGCGAGCUUUCCUGCCAGGUGACAGCGUCUGGGUCAAGGAUGUUCGCCAUGACAAAUGGACACCAGCGGUUAUUGCAGCCAGACUGGGACCACUGACCUACUCUGUUGAGAGUGGUACCACCAUCCGUCAUGUCCAUAUUGAGCAUUUACGGUUACGAGAUCCCGCCGGUGAUACAUCCGACAGUGCUGAUUCGGCUCGUAAGUGUCCAUUGCCCUCCAUACCUGAUAAUUUGAUUACUCCAGAGGAUAGCUCUGAGAACGCUCCUACUGUUACAGCUGCUACGUUUCCCGCUUCUAGUACUGUUACCUACAAUGAGUCUGCAGAUGCAAGCACAGCAAUAGAUUCUGAACCAGACACACCCAGUCCAGCAGUCUCUUUGCGACGUUCUACUCGGAUCUCUAGACCACCAGAGCGCUUAAUUGAGAACCCGUCUUUCGGCAAGUAACUGGACGGGGUUUCCGGCUCAUGUUUAUAGAUUUCGUCUUUACUUUCAGGCUUCAUUUUGUGAAGGGGAAGGGAAUGUUAUAGUUAGACAUUUCAAUAAUUCUCGAGCAUACUUCAAAUAUUCACGAUAGUAAUAUGUUGUGCAAAUACAUAAAUCACGUACCUGACUUCUCCAGGUCUAGGUCACUCCGAGACACCUUUCUUGCAAGGUAUGAUAAUACUUCAUGUUUACAAACAUUAGUUAUCUUCCUGCUGCAAGCGAAGGCUGUUGUUUACAAAGUCUUCGCCCAUAAUUUAUUUGCAUGUUGCUCACACGCAACCUUUCCCAAACUGAAUUUGACGCAUGCGCUCUGUGUACAUCUCUAGAAUAAAAUUGUGCUCGCUGCUCUAAAACUGCACGCCACUCUGUAGCGUACAUCUAGAGAUCUAAAGUCCGCAUGCGCUGUACGCUAACUUUGCAUCCGGUUGCACCAAACGCUUGGAGCGCAUAUAACCUGAGCUUGCUAUCAUUUUCAUUCAUUCCGCUCGAGUCUAAGGACUCUCCAGUCUUCUACUAUACUAUGGUAAAGUAAUGGAUAAACCUAUUACCCGUUGUGUUUUGUGAGUGCC